AUGUAGUAAAAUCUUGCACUCCAUCAUGCCUAUAAUGAAUUUUAAAUGAUUAUUCCAAACCUAUACUUGGGAGGGUAAAUUUCAGCUAUGAAUGUCACUAAAUUAUAAGAACAGAAUAUUAAGAGAGUAUUGAAAGUAAAUGGUAUUGAGUCGGCAUUUCCUUUUAAAAACUAUGGAAUUGAAUUGAGAGUCUUGGAUAUGGAUGACAUGCCUGAUUUCGAUAUGAUACCAUUCAUUGAUACAGCUACUGACUACAUUUAUGAAGCAAUAUCUAAUAAUCAGGGUUGCUUAGUAGUUUGUACAGCAGGCAUCAGCAGAAGUGCCUCAAUCGUUAUCAGUUAUUUAAUUAAGUACAAGAAAAUGAAUUAUGAUCAGGCUUUUGAAUUAACUAAAAAGGCUAGAGUCUUUGUCAAACCAAACCCUGGAUUUGAGAGAUAGUUGAAAGCUUACUCUGUAAAGAUGAACUGUGAAUUGUGCUAACUUAGUAAAAAGACAUUGUGGCUUGAUUAGUACACUUAGAAAACAUUAGGAAAAAAGAACUUCUAAGUUUUGAUAUGUGAUUAGUGUGAUGGCCCAAUGAUUGUUUAUACUGCUGGACAUAAACAAGAGCUGGCAAUUGAAGAACUAAUGGAAGCUUAGGCUAUAUGCUAAUAGGUAGGCUUGGAUUUUUAUGGUCUUGAUUAAUGGUAUAUUGACCAUAAAUAAAGGACUAUCGAUAAUCAUUUCCAUUGGCACAUAAGGUCAACUAAUGAUCCUAUGGCCAAGAGUACUCUUCUUAAUUAGCCCAAAAGAGAUUUCAGCAUAUCAAAACUAGAAACAAAAGAUGUUGACUUAGAUUAAAUAUAACUUAAAUCUAAUGAACUCAUUCUCGAAUAGAUUGGAGGAAGAGUGAAGGAAUUUACAGUUUUAGAGGAUAAUAAAAAUUUUAUUGUUAGUUGGGAUGAUGUAUCAUUUGAUGCCACAUUUGAAAUAGUGUCCCUGCUGCGACUGAAGAAGCAAAAUCUUUACAGCUUCAAGCAAAUAGUAUCAUAAUAAGGCAAGAUCAUUUUCAUAAGCUUUUUGAGAAUACUCCAAAAUGAGGAGGAGUCUCCAAAGUUGUGA